AAAAACUAUGGAAAACAUUCGAAAUAGAGUAGAUUUUAAUCUGGUGCACACGAAAAAGCGACUCCAAAAGCUCGCCAGCAAGCCAAGUUUUGAUACCUCCACCAUCUUCAAUAAACAUCUUGUAGGAGUUAAAAACAAAAAAGUUAAACUUUUGUUCGACAAGCCCAUCUAUACAGGAAUGGUAAUAUUGGACCUUUCAAAGUUCUUUAUGUAUGAGUUCCAUUAUGGUUUCGUAAAAAAAGAGUAUGGGGAGAAUGCAAAGUUGUUAAUGACCGAUACAGACUCGCUAUUUUUCAGGUUUGAAAUGGAUGACUUUUACCCAGAAAUGGAUAAGCAUAUAGAUUUGUUCGAUACUUCCAAUUAUCCAAGAGAACACUUCCUAUUUAGUGAAAAACACAAGAAGGUGGUUGGUAAAAUGAAAGAUGAAACAGCAGGAUAUCCGAUUAAAGGAUUCGCUGGUUUGCGAGCAAAAAUGUAUUCUUUUAUCAUUCACGAUGGAAGGGGGAGUGAAGUGAAGAAAGCCAAGGGUGUUUCCAAAUCUGUGAUUAGCAAAGAACUCUCAUUUGAACAGUAUCAGCGCUGUCUUUUCGGUGACGAAACAGAGAGACAUCAAAUGCGUUCAAUUCGAAGUGAACUUCACAUUCUUUAUCUUAAAGCAAUCAACAAAAUUUCCCUUUCUCCAUUUGAUGAUAAGCGAUAUUAG